UUGAAAACUGUCAGAUUGCAAUCAUUGUAUCAUGACGUCAAAAAUUGCUCUGCUAGUUUUGGCUGUUGCUUUCACGACGAUUAAAGGAAAUUCCAACUUUGCUUGUACUAGAGUUUAUGGUGGAUAUUGUUCUCACACAAAAGUAUGUAGUGACUUGGGAGGAAAUGUAGAAAAACUGCCAGUAAAUUGUGGAUGUGGCGCAUGCUGCAAAUGUACCGACGCAUGUGCUGAUGGUUCGACAUGUAUCAGUGAAGGUGAGACAUGCAAUGGAACCCGAGAUACAAGUGGUUGUUGUGGCAACAGAGUGUGUUGUACACCUAUAUCUACCACGCCCAUUACUACGCCUAUCACCACGCCUGAUACAACUUCCGUUACCACACCCCCUGAAACUACUCCUGCAUGUAAGUUGCACAUUGAUAAAAACAAAUGUUAG